AUGUCAUCCACCGCCAUGGUCUCCGGAGACGACUCGCUCGAGCCCACCCUGCAAAGCCUCCUGGACCAAAAGACGCUUCGAUGGGUAUUUGUCGGUGGGAAAGGAGGUGUCGGCAAGACAACUACCUCAUGUUCACUAGCAAUCCAGCUUGCCAAAGUCCGCAAAUCUGUACUGCUCAUCUCCACUGACCCAGCCCAUAACCUGAGUGAUGCGUUCGGACAAAAAUUCGGAAAAGAGGCGAGGCUGGUCGACGGCUUCGACAAUCUGAGUGCCAUGGAAAUUGACCCUAAUGGGAGCAUACAAGAUCUGCUCGCUACGGGGGGUGAUCAGGCAGAUGACCCCAUGGCUGGGCUGGGGCUGGGUGGCAUGAUGCAGGAUUUGGCAUUUAGCAUACCCGGUGUCGACGAAGCCAUGUCGUUCGCUGAAGUCCUGAAACAAGUCAAAUCCCUCUCAUACGAGGUAAUCGUAUUCGACACUGCGCCAACCGGCCAUACCCUCCGCUUCCUUCAAUUCCCCACUGUACUAGAAAAGGCUCUUGCGAAACUAUCUCAACUGUCGUCCCAAUUCGGCCCGAUGCUGAACUCCAUCCUUGGUGCGCGUGGUGGGCUCCCCGGUGGCCAAAACCUAGACGAGAUCCUCUCGAAGAUGGAAUCGCUCCGAGAAACGAUUGGAGAAGUGAAUGCGCAGUUUAAAGAUGCCGACCUCACAACUUUCGUCUGCGUAUGCAUCGCAGAGUUCCUGUCCCUGUAUGAAACCGAGCGGAUGAUCCAGGAGCUUACAAGUUACCAAAUCGAUACACACUGCAUUGUGGUCAACCAACUGCUAUUCCCCGGUAAGGACAGCUCGUGCGAGCAGUGCAAGGCCAGAAGGAAAAUGCAGAAAAAGUAUUUGAAUGAGAUCGAAGAUCUGUAUGAGGAUUUUAACGUCGUGCGGAUGCCGAUGUUGGUGGAGGAAGUGCGGGGGAAAGAGAAACUUGAGAAGUUUAGCAAUAUGCUUGUAAACCCAUACGUUCCACCUGAAGAGUGA